AUGCAGGAGGACGCAUACCUGAUGCCGACUAGUCCGGCGCGCGGUCGUCGGACCAGCACCGACUAUCGCCCUAGCAUCACUAAGGCUCAGGGCCGUAUCCCCGCGUGUCUGGUCAAUGCUUCAGUGACGUACUGCAGCAAUGACCAGAUCUAUGCCUUCGGAGGAUUCGACCAGUACACCGACGAAGUGUAUAACCACGUGCUUAAAUUGGACUUGAACACACUUCGAUGGGAAUUGGUGGACAAUUAUGGCGAUAUUCCUGGGGUUCGCAUGGGACACACUGCUACUCUCUACCAAGGCGACAAACUCAUCGUGUUCGGUGGCGAAAAUGAGCAUCGCGAGUAUCUCUCCGACGUGGUCAUCCUCGACCUCAACACUUUCACCUGGACCCUCCCGGACAUUGGCGGAUUGAUCCCCCGAGGAAGAGCGCGCCAUGCUGCCGUGAUUCACGAAGACAAGCUCUUCAUUGUCGGCGGGGUGACCGGUGAAAAUAACAUCAUCUUAGAUGACCUGACAUAUCUGGAUUUGCAGACCUGGACAUGGUCUCGGACAUGGAGCUUCACCGCUCGGUUCGAUCACACGGCUUGGGUUUGGGGCAAUCGCCUAUGGAUUUUUGGUGGACUGGGUCCAGACAUGGAGCGUACAACAGACAUUUGGUGGCUAGAUCUCAAAGGCUCUCCGUCACUGGCUGGAGUCACCACUCCCCAAGGUAUCGUGGACGCCCCGGAUGUAACAAUCACCAUGGCUCAUAUCGCAGACUUCAUGUCUAGUUCAUUGCAGCAGCUGUCCCCCCGUUCUGGAGACUAUCCCGCCAACUCAGGGAGUGUCCAGGGGCGACGCAAGCCACUGGCUCCCGGGGCUAUUUCAUGUCUUCGAUUUCACUCCGGUCCUCACGUCCCCGCUCUUUUCUCUGGCACUCAUUUUCAUGCUUAUGCAUCGGGAGUUCUGCUCGACCUGAUUACGCCGUCGGAGACCGUACGGUCGCAUGAUUGCAAUUUGUCCGCCCUGGAGCUCAACUCCCUUCGCUGGCAGCGAUUGGCCGAUGGACAGGAGAUCUUCCGACCUGGGUAUCGAUGGCACUACUGUACGAUCAAUGAGACCGGAACGAAGGCGUGGCUGUUAGGUUGCAAUCUAGAUCUCACGAAUGCGCCCGGGGCCAGCGACGAGAAUCACAUGAGCGAGAUUCUUUCCAUCGACCUGGAGAAGUAUGGGUUGUUAGGCAACGGGUCCUCACUAGAUGCUCCUGAACAAGAUGUGUCCUGGUCAUCUGAUCAACCGACCUCUUCCUCCGUCUCUGGACUGGGGGCUGAUCUUUCCACUGGCUUUGAUCAAUCGCCAGAGUCAGGUAGUGGCGCGGAUUUUGCCAUCACUGCAAUUCGCGAUGAUCUUGAUUGUUCGGUCUCGGAUGAUAUGAUCGAUACACCAUCUGGGUCUCUUUCUCAGUCUCGACCGACUUUUGUGGAACCCAGCGCCUCCACGUCGGCUCCCAUUCAUGUCCAUCGGCUCAUCCUACAACUCCGGUGGCCACACUUUAAGCGCCUGUACUCCGCCCAAAUGGCUGAGUAUCACACAAAACGAAUGCACAUUCCGGAGCCCUAUUCGGUCGUGCGUGCAUUUUUGUACUACUUGUACACGGACAGCGUUGCUGGUCAUCCGGAGUACUGCUCCAGUGUGGUUGACGUGGCUGGCAUGCUAGUCAUGGCGAAUCUGUACGACAUGCCCAAACUGCGCCUCCUGUGUGUCAACCGGCUGAGCCGCGAACUGGACGUGGAAAACGCAGCGAUUGUUUGGGAGCGCGCCGGAAGGUCCAAUGAGCACUGGCUGAUGCGCCGAGCUGCACAGUUCUGUCUGACCCACUGGGGUCGCGUAGUGCGGACGGAUGGGUUCAAAUCUCUGAGUCACCAGAGCUUGAUUCAGUUGUGUGAGGUGGUGGACACCGAGGGCCGGAUCAUCGCAGGGCCAGAGCUGGAGAUGGUCAGCGCUUUUGGAGCGGAUGGACUGGGCACGCGAGAUUCGAAAAGCUCUCGGCAGCUGGGAUCAGCUGCAGAUGAGUCCGAGCUGGACGCCGAUGACGAAGGAAUGGAAUUGUCAUGA